AUGUCUUCCUCCAAAACCCCACUCACACCUACUUCUGUCAAAACACCCACGCACUCCCCAACAACUUCAGGAGGAGGUCUUUUCCGAGUGCUUUCUAAUUUAUCACAGCAACAUGCACAGGGAUCAUUACACAACACUCAACCCUCCCAAAAACCUCCUCUUCAAGUUGCAUCCUCAAGCAUACAUGUAGCCACAACACAACCAACGAGACGAAACAGUGAUGAUUCCGAUGAUGAUGCAUCCAACAAGAAUCAAUGGAAGAAAUCUCUCACAACAUUGAUCAUCACACUUUUAAUUAUUUUAGGUGCAUUGAUGAUGAUUUUCGCAACACUUGGAAUGUCUUUCAGUGUCUAUGGCUUGUAUCCAUCACAAUGUGCGAAAUGUCAAAAUGCUCUCUAUGCCAUUUUCAUUACUCUAAGUAUUGGUGUUGUCGGAGCUUUGACAGCUCUCAUUGGCUAUUUGAUUGUGAGUCGAGGAUUAUUGACCAUUUGCUCCUCUUCGACGUCUUCGUCAUCAUCGUCAAACUCCAACAACACAUCCAAUGAAGAUCCUCUGGUACAUUUAGUGAAAACAAAAUUUCGAAACAUUCGUGCUUGUCCAUGUUCGAGUUUGGGUUUUCGAAUUGCAGAAUCCAUUCUGUUGAUUUCAAUGAUUGUCAUUGGUGUGUUUCUGUUUGUGGUAUUUUUGGCAAUUUAUAUUGCAUUUAUGGUCAUUGUGGAUAGUUCAAUGGUGCGAAAGAGUGGAUCCAUUCAAUUAUCGAAUAUGGUCAUUUUGGAAACGAGUGCACUGAAAACAAUUCCAUCGUAUCUGACACCAAAUUCACAAAUUCAAAUCAAACGAGAUGCUCAUGGAUUAAUUUACGUGACAGGAGAAACAGAAUAUGAUAUCAUGUUUGGACAAGGAUAUGCAUCAGCUCAGGAUCGAUUAUUUGAAAUGGAUCUCGUUCGAAGAGCAGCUCAAGGACGUUUAUCAGAAUUGGCUGGAAGUGCCACUUUGGAAGAUGACAAACUUGCUCGUUAUAUUGGUUAUGGAAGAUUGGCAAAAAAAGAAUUACAAUAUUUGGAUGAAAGAGCGAACAAUACACUUCAAGCAUAUGCAGACGGAGUGAAUGCUUAUUUACAAAGUGGUAAUUCAAUGCCAUUGGAAGUGACGUUAUUGGGAUACACGUUAGAACCUUGGACACCAUAUGAUUCACUCACUGUUGUGAAAUAUAUGGAAUCCAUCAUGUCUGCAAAUUGGCAUGACGAGGAGUUGAGAUACACUGCCAUGUCACAAAACAACGUGACAUUAGCAAGAAUGGAAGUGUUGGACCCUCCAAUUCCAUUCGACGCUGCUACUGUACUCUCGAAACAAGAGUUGGGGUUGAAUACCACUCUCGAACAAGAUUUGCAAUUGGAAUGGAAACUCACUCGAAAUAAUACUGGUGCUUUUAUUCCAAAAACUAGUGCUACCAACCGACGAAGAAAUAGACACAUCAUGAAAAGUAUUCAUUUUGCAUCGUCGCAAAGUCAUUUUGAAGCUUUUGACGAGAAGGACAAUCAAAAUGCUGAUCAAAAUUAUGCUUUCAUGUACAAAACGUUGAAUGAUCUGUUGAGAAAAACAAAGAGAGCCAUUGGAUCCAAUAAUUGGGCAGUUCACAAAAAUUUCACUGAUAGCGUGAAUGGAUAUCUUGCCAAUGAUCCACAUCUCUUUGUGCAAACACCGAAUCAGUUCUAUCUUGUGAAUAUGAAAUAUGUGAGACCAUAUGUCAGUACUAAUUCACAACAACCCAAGGAAUUACUUGGUGCUGCUUUUCCUGGAGUUCCAGGAAUUGUUCUUGGAAGAAAUGAAUAUAUUGCUUGGGGAAUUACACUUGCAUAUACAGAUGUUCAAGAUAUUUACAUGUUAAAAGCUGAUUCUACGAAGGAGGAUCAUUACGUGGUCGAUGGUGUUUCAUUGCCAUUCAAAACAUCCACCGAAACGAUCAAAUCCUCAGAUUCUGCAUCUGUGACCAUCAAAAUUCGAGAAUCCAUUUUUGGUACAAUUGUUGGUUCAAGUUCUACCGAGCUUUUUGCCUAUCGAUGGGUUGCCCAACAAGACAAUGACAAGUCCUUCAAUUCUCUGAUCAAUCUCAUGUUCAGUAAGAAUUGGAAUGAAUUUCGCACGAGUGUGAAUGGAAUGACCUCCAUUAUUUUCAAUUUUGCUUACUCGGAUGUAUACGGAAAUAUUGGUUACAAAUUAUCUGGAUUAAUUCCAAUACGUAGAGAAGGUCAUACUGGUCGAUAUAUUGUCCGAGGAGAUACCAUGGCAUGGGACUAUUCAGGUUAUUUACCAACGAGUCAAAAUCCUGAAUUGUUGAAUCCAGCUAAGGGUUAUGUGAGCUCUGCCAAUAACAGAAUAGUUCCUCCUGGUUAUCCAAUUUUGGUGAGCACAAAUUACUUUUUCUCUUAUCGACAACAACGAAUUCAAGAAUUGAUGGAUGCAUUAAUUGCAAAUGUUAAAACAUCUGGAACUAAAGUUACACUACAAAAUAUGAUAGAUAUUCAAUUGGAUACAUAUAGUAUGUUGUAUCGAGAAUAUCGAUUCAUGUUUGUGAACAUGACAAGUGACGUUGCACGACGUGCCUCCACUAGUUCAUAUGCUUCCAAACGCAAAUACUCACAACAUCUUCAAGCUCUGCUGUCAUGGGACGGUUACAUGAAACGUACCUCUACUGAGGCCUCACUUUUUGAAGGAUUUUUAAGAUACUUGAGUACACUUGUUUCCAAAGAAUUUGGUGACACUACAGAAACUAAGAAAAUGGCUCUCUUCUACUUUUACAAGGAUGCCAUGCUAAGAAACAAUGACUCGGCAUGUCUCGCCAAGAAUUUCACAUCAUGCACAGACUAUGGAGCUGCUACUUUCAUCCGAGUGGUUGAUUUAUUUUACAAUCAAUAUGAAAAAAUUCCAACAUGGGGAGAAAUUCACACGAGUCCCAUUCAUCACAUCUCUCGAAAAGAUACUCCAAUUUUGGGAUGUCUCUCAAAAAUUACACUCGCUACAGAUGGAGGAACAGAAACCAUUCUUUUGAAUAAUAUGAAUGAAAAUUAUGAAACCAUCGAAGCUCCAGUGUAUAGAGAAAUUAUUUCAUUCAAUUCGGUGAAUUUGGAUCGUUUCAUCAUUCCAACUGGAAAUGAUGGAAAUUUAUUUAGCAAAACGUAUGAUAAUAUGGGAAAUUUAUAUGCCAAAGGUCAAUAUUUAAGUUUUGUUGCCAAUGCAAGUCAAGUGACUGCUACAGAUACCUAUGUCAUUCAUGUCAAGUAA